CUUUAUCUUAUUAAAAUGAUCAUGAAUGACUUUCGAUGUGUUUCUGAUUGGCUGAUAUAACUGUUGAAUGACAUUGUAAGUGAGUGAAAGUAUCGCUCAUCUGUGAUCGCACUGAUGCUGUAACAAACACAUCUGCAGAUUUAUUACUGCAUCAGUCCGCGGUAUAUUAAUAUGAUCAUAUCGCUGUGUGAUUUGGCGAAGGCUGCUUUCCUGGAGAUUUGCUGAAAUGAUUCGUGUGUUUCUCGCAGGUCUUUAGCUGAUUCUGAUCAGAUGAAGUGCUGCUGUGUACUGUGUCAGUCUCAUGGUGUGUGUGUGAGGAAUGUGACACGAGUGUGAGAUCAAGCACAGCUUUUACAUGAUCAUCAUUUACUUUUGACCAGCGGUCUAAAUAUGACUGAAUAACGCAAACACAUGCUGAAGAUCUCCUGUUUUGUUAAGCUUUGUAUUUUGCUAAUUACAGGCAUGUAGAUGAUAAUCACCAAUAAACAAGAAUUAAAACACAGAAAAUAGGAAGCACUUUAGGUUCGGUUUUAUGGUGCAGCUUCCAGUUAGUUCAGGUUUUGUUCAGAUGACUAGAGAUGAAAGAGCAAACGAGACAGCGUGGGAAAAUGAGCAUCGACUCGGCUAAAUACAUGAAAUGAAUUGAUCAGAGUUUUGGUGGUGAUGUAAAGGUUUUCUGAGUCUAAUUUGGCUCAGGUUAACAGUGCAAGACAGAACUUGCCUCCUAACCACCGUCUGCUGCGGACAGCCUCCUACAGUACUGUGUAAUUAUCCCACGCAAGCCGGGUCACAAAUAUCCCUGCUUUCGACGGGACGACUGCAUAGUGUUCCUGAAGAGUCCAACCAGAGGAAAAAGAUGAAGGAAUGAUCUGAGAGUGAAUCAUCCGCUGAACACUAUCACACACAAGAAUGCGCAUUAAAUAUACCAUUUCUAUCAUCUUUAUUGUGGCUCUGGUCAUCAUAGAAAAGGAAAACAACAUUAUUUCAAAGGUGUCUGAUAAACUGACCCCCAGACUGACCCCGCUGACCCCGUUGCUGAUGCUCAGUGCUUCUCUCCUGUCCGCUGCGCAGCACAAUGUCUCGUCCCAGCAACACCUGAGUGCUCUGGAGAACUCGACUCGGAGCGUCCAGCGCACCGCGGCGUCCGCAGCCGGAGGACGGAAGCACAUCCUUCUGCUGGCCACGACUCGCACCGGCUCCUCGUUCGUGGGAGAGUUCUUUAACCAGCAGGGCUCCAGCAUGUUUUAUUUGUUCGAACCGCUGUGGCACGUGGAGCGCAUGCUGACCGUCGAGAGCGGUGGGACGAAUGCUACAGUCGCAGGCCCGGCGUAUCGAGACGUUCUGCGCCAGCUGCUCCUCUGCGACUUCUCUCUCCUGGAGAGCUUCAUUGAGCCGCCGCCACAGGAUCACGUGACCACCGCGCUCUUCCGCCGAGAGUCCAGCCGCUCGCUGUGCGAGGAUCCCGUCUGCACGCCGCUGGUCAGGAAGGUGUUCGAGCGCUACCACUGCCGCGAGCGCCGCUGCGGGCCGCUCAACCUGACGCUGGCCGCUCAGUCCUGCGCUCUCAAGCAGCACCGCGCCAUCAAGUCUGUCCGUGUGCGGCAGCUGGAGACGCUCCGGCCACUGGCCGAGGAUCCCCGGCUCGACAUGACCUUCAUCCAGCUGGUCAGAGACCCUCGCGCCGUCCUGGCCUCACGCAUGGUGGCCUUCUCCAGCAAGUACGACGUCUGGAAGCGGUGGGCAGUGGACGGAGACCUUCCGGUGGAUGAGGAUGAAGUGAGGAAGCUCAAGGGAAACUGCGACAACAUCCGCAUGUCUGCCGAGAUCGGCCUGAAGCAGCCACCGUGGCUCCGCGGACGCUACAUGCUAGUGCGCUACGAGGACAUCGCACGAUUCCCCAUGCGCAAAGCUGCAGAGAUGUAUGACUUUAUAGGCAUUCCCUUCACCGCAAAGGUGGAGGAGUGGAUCCUAAAAAAUACCCGAGCGUCUAAGGAGGUCAGUGGAGUUUAUUCCACCCAGAAGAACUCCUCGGAGCAGGUGGAGAAAUGGAGGUUUAGCAUUCCCUUCAAACUGGUGCAGCUGGUGCAGAAAGUGUGUGGACCCACCAUGACUCUGUUUGGAUACAAGUUUGCAGAGAAUAGAGACAUGCUGACUGAUAAAUCAGUAAGUUUGAUUGAGAAGAGAACAUUUUUAUGAUUCUACACCUAUACGUCAUGAGGAGGAAUGAUGAGAUUCAUGAAGUAAUUUGUGACAUGAUCGAAACAAGCUGCAAAAUGAACUCCUUGCAUCGCUUCUAAAGCAGUAUUGAAAAACAGAAUAUUAUUUCCUUUUUUGAUAAAUGGCCUGUGAGCUCAUUUGAUGAGUAGCUGAAGACAGGGAUUGCAUUGGGAUCUAGCAGGUGUUUGAAGUCUUCCUGACUGUAUAUACUGUACCGUAUGUGCGUUUGUUUGAGGAGAAAUGAGCUGCUGUGUGUCCAGAUAUUCUUACUGCAGCCGGAUUGCAGAACUCUGGGAACUAUAUCAAAGGAGAACUCAUACAGAAAAAAUAAAAUUUCAUAGAUUUAAUAUAUUGUCUUAUUUGACAAGGGCUCUUUGUUAGAAACAAAAGUGACAAUGAAUCAUUUCAUAAUUAUGUUCAUAUUACAUUAGUUCAGUUUGUUACGAAAAAACCAUAGUGUCUUGUAAUACAGGCUUUAAAAUGUCUUUAAAAGGAAUUAAUAAAGUUUUACUUAACCU